GAGUGCGCACGAUAAAUCGACAGCGGCGCCGCAGGCCUCUGAAGCUCGAAGUCAUGAAGCGGAGGAGUCGGAUUGCAGUACCGUGGACACGGGCUCCCUACGGGAGGUGCCACACACGCCGGAGAUGGAGCCGGCGCAUGCGUUUCCAAUGCAGAUGUCCCUCACGGGCUUGCUGAGUCAGGCAGCAUCCUCCUCGGAGGUGUUAACCCCCGAGCCCGUGGCGCCCAUGGCCACGUCUUCCAGUUUCUUCUCAUCCAUGGCAGGAUACGCGGCUCCCUUCUCCCUGGGUGCCGGCGCCUACUACGACAUGGGCCUCCAUCAACCGCUUCAGACCUUUGAAAAUCUGCACCAAGAGUUUCUGGCGACCGACUUCGAGUACCCGUUGCCCCAGCCAGUGCCCCCAAGCCCAGUGCCCCACCCAGUGCCACCAGGGGCGCCAGUGCCAAGCCCAGCCCCUUUGGCACCGGUAGGGCCUGUAGGGCAGCUGCCAGGGCCGGCACCUGCCGUGCCACCACCGUGCGAACCAGCACCACAGGUGCCACCCACGCUGCUGCCACAAGUGCCAUCGCAUGCAGCGACACAACAGAAUGGCAGUGCGCCGCAGGUGCUAAAGCUCGAAGACGCCUUAGCUCCCGCGGCCUCCGUGGCGGUGCAAAGCGCCAAUGCGGCGUUGGAGGAAACGCGGCACCAGCACCUCGAGGUGCAGCAAGCCGCCCAAGUAGCAGCAGCUCAAGCCGUGAGCGCCUCUCACGAAGAACAGGUCGCAGCGGCGAACGCAUUUGCGUCAGCCAGCGGGUUGGCCCUGCAGCAGGACGCCAAGAGUGAGCUGAAUCUGCCCAGCGCGGGCUCUACAGGGCAUCACUUGGGUCAGUGCAGGCCCUGUGCGUUCUGGACAACCAAGGGCUGUUCCAGUGGUCAAGAGUGUCAAUUCUGUCAUCUUUGUGCUCCAGGGGAAAAGAAACGACGACAGAAGGCGAAACGCGCCUUCUUCGGUGCGUUGGCGGAGAUGCAGCGCUGCUUCACCGGUGAGCGCGCGGCCGAGGGGUGAUCCUCCGCCAGCGUACGCAACGCGGCUACGCAUAGCGGCGCUUUGUAGCGGAAAUGCGAAAUGAGAAGUUUGCGCCGUAGUUUGUAAUGUGGUAUGGUGGAUGAGUUUAUGCUGAGGUUGGCAAUUUUUGAGCACGAGAGG